AUGGCUCCACCUGUUUCUAGCACCAACAGCUCAAGUCUAAUCGAUACUCAUAUUCAUAUUACCACCCCCAGCUACUUAAAGGCUGUAAGUGAUAUUGGAGGUGAUCCAAAUGGCUGGUCAACUCCUGUUUGGACAUUAGAAGAUUGUGUACGCUUCUGCGACACCAUUGGGGAGAGCUUCUCUGUCCUUUCCGUUACUGCACCAGGUCCCGCCAUUCUUGGCCCUACCGAAGCAGGUAGAAAGUUAACACGGACACUCAAUAAUGAAGUCUGGAAAGUCUGCUCUGAAGCAAAAGGUCGGUUUGGUUUUUUCGCUUCUUUACCGGACUUCAACGACAUCGAGGGAACUCUUGAGGAAAUCAAGCACAUCUUUGAGGUGGAGAAAAAGGCGAAUGGGAUUAUUGUCAUGACCUCGUACGGAGAGCGAUUGUUGGGGGAUGAACACUUCAAACCCAUUUGGGAGUCAUUAGAGAAUUACAAGGCACUCGUUUUUAUCCACCCCACCGCCUUGAGCAUUACACCAGAAAAGGUGGGCGGGUAUCUUCCCGCACCGGUUAUUGACUUUCCUCAUGCUACAACGAGAGCAGUUGUGUCACUUCUUAUUUCUGGGAUAGCGACCGCUUGUCCUAAUGUUGACAUAAUACUGAGCCAUGCUGGCGGUACGGUCCCCUUUAUUGCGCAGCGGGCUAUUGGGUUCCUUGCUGAGCCGGCCUUCCAAAGCCAAUCCCACACCAACGUCACUGAGGCCAAACACGCUCUCGGGCGCUUCUACUACGAUAUCGCUCUUUCCACAAGCACUCCACAACUCAAAGCACUACUAGCGUUUACCUCGCUAUCAAACGUUCUCUAUGGUAGUGACUACCCAUACGCGUCUAAACGUAUUAUCUACGAAGAUCUACUACGGUAUAGCAAUUUUGUGGUUAGCGAAGAGGGUAGAGGUAUUAGACCGGCUUGCUUGAGUAAAAACGCAAUAGCCCUUCUCCAGAAGCACAAAACUGAAAACGCCUUUCUACCAAUGUCUCAGGAAGUUGGGGGCUCGAAGGAGCCGGAAUUUGGAUUAGAGAGUAACCAGGUCGCUGAGCAGGCAAGACAUCAACUGGCCAAUCUUGACAGUUAA